CUCUCCCUCUCUGUCUGUCUCCUGACUCCUCCUCCUUCAGUCCAGCCUGGUGUCCUCUCAGAGUUCCUCUGCCUCUCCUCAUCUGACCAGAGUCUCUUCACAACUCAUCACUUAAAACAACUUAUCACCCACAGAGAGGACAAGUCCUUCACCUCAGCUCAGUACAGAAUGCCUUUCGGAGGAGGAAAUAAGUGCGGCUGCUGCCAGAAAACAGUCUACUUCGCCGAGGAAGUGCAGUGUGAGGGGAAGAGCUGGCAUAAAUCCUGCUUUCUUUGCAUGGUGUGUAAAAAGAAUUUGGACAGCACAACAGUAGCCGUUCAUGUGGAUGAGAUCUACUGCAAGUCAUGCUACGGCAAGAAAUAUGGGCCCAAAGGCUACGGCUUCGGAGGUGGAGCUGGCACCCUGAGUAUGGACACGGGAGAAGGACUGGGAAUAAAGCCUGAAGUACAAGCCCCUCAUCGCCCUACAACUAACCCCAACGCUUCAAAGUUUGCCCAGAAACCAGGAGGAUCAGACGUUUGUCCUCGAUGUGAGAAAACAGUGUACGCAGCGGAGAAGGUCAUCGGAGGAGGCAACUCCUGGCAUAAAAGCUGCUUCCGCUGUGCCAAGUGCGGCAAAGGACUCGAGUCUACGACUGUGGCUGACAGAGACGGAGAGAUCUUCUGUAAAGGCUGCUACGCAAAGAACUUCGGUCCCAAGGGUUUCGGCUUCGGUCAGGGUGCAGGAACUCUGGCUCACUCGCAGUAAAGCCUGAAGGUUCAUCUCACCUGAGACUGACAUCUGCGCUCCGAUAACAUCGCCUCCAGGAUCCUUCAGUCGAUAUCGCACCUAUUUCACGCUGCCCUUUCACUCCAGCUGAAGGCAAAGAGGACCGAAAAGAUGAACACAGCUUUUUAUCCCAGUUCACUGAGAGGUUCUGCUCUGAAUGUUGCGUUUGAAUGUGGAUUCUGAUGUCCUACUUUAAGACUGGUUAGAAAACAACUCACUGAAUUCUAACUCUGUGUUUGGAUGUGAACUUUAUGCGAGUGGUUUACAGCAUGCUAUAAACUUUGUGGUAAGAAAGGGAAGAGACAUUUGCACAGCUAAUUGAACAGAGCAGAGUUUGACAAAUGUCGAGUUUGAUUAAUAUCCGAGUCUGUCUGAGCAAGAACAAAAUAAAUCUACAUUUGUCAAGACUGACAGCUUUGAAUAAACAGCCUCACAGCAUGCUUCUGUUACACUCAAAAUAAAGCCUUUCUUUUUGCCUUAAAUGUCAAGUGCUGUACAAACUGUUUCAAGAUAUGCUUUAUUGCUGACAUACAAAAUAAAUAUCAGGAAAAGCAAAAAUACAAAAA